UCCGGGUCGAUAUGCCUGGCUCAGGCAGUGCCUUCAUUCCCACCAUCAACGCCAUCACAACCAGCCAGGACCUGCAGUGGAUGGUGCAGCCGACUGUCAUCACCUCCAUGUCCAACCCGUAUCCCCGCUCGCACCCCUACAGCCCCCUGCCGGGCCUGGCCUCUGUGCCCGGGCAUAUGGCCCUCCCAAGACCUGGCGUGAUCAAGACUAUUGGCACCACCGUGGGCCGCAGGAGGAGAGACGAGCAGCUGUCUCCUGAGGAGGAGGAGAAGCGUCGGAUCCGCCGGGAGAGGAACAAGCUGGCAGCAGCCAAGUGCCGGAAUCGGCGCCGGGAGCUGACGGAGAAGCUGCAGGCGGAGACAGAGGAGCUGGAGGAGGAGAAGUCCGGCCUGCAGAAGGAGAUCGCCGAGCUGCAGAAGGAGAAGGAGAAGCUGGAGUUCAUGCUGGUGGCGCAUGGCCCCGUGUGCAAGGUCAGCCCCGAGGAGCGUCGUUCGCCACCAGCGUCUGGCCUGCAGGCCCUGCGUGGCGGGCCCGGUGCAGCGGGUGCUGUAGUGGUGAAGCAGGAGCCCCUGGAGGAGGACAGCCCCUCGUCCUCGGCAGCGGGGCUGGACAAGGCCCAGCGCUCUGUCAUCAAGCCCAUCAGCAUCGCCGGGGGUUUCUAUGGGGAGGAGCCCCUGCACACGCCCGUUGUGGUCACCUCCACGCCCGCCGUCACUCCGGGCACUUCCAGCCUCGUCUUCACCUACCCCAGCGUCCUGGAGCAGGAGUCGCCCGCAUCACCCUCUGAGUCCUGCUCCAAGGCACACCGCAGAAGCAGCAGCAGCGGGGACCAGUCGUCAGACUCCUUGAACUCCCCCACCCUGCUGGCUCUGUAACCCAGCGCCCCUCCUCCCAGCUCCCGAGGGCCCUCGUCACUGCCUCCUUCCCAGGGACCAGCACUUUCCGGUGCUCUGGGACACAGGAGGGGGCCCUGCCCCAGGGCUUCCCAGCUCUGGGGCCUGUGGACGUGGUGGUGAGGCGACAGAGGAUGCAAGCUGAUCCCUUGCCCGUCUUGACGCGCCUUGGAGGACUGGGUUGGGACUUGCGCCCCUCUUUGUUUCUGCAGAGCCUGCUGCUGGCCUGGGUCGUGCCCUCAUUCUGCUGUCUCUGGAGCAGUGGUGUCCCUCCUGCCCACCCAGCAUGCCCAGUGCCUUUCUGUUUUCCUUCCCUUGGCCUGUCCCCUCAGGGUCAGGGUCAGGGUCAGGAUCACUCUCUGCUAGUGUCUAUCAAGUCUGCCAUGACAUUUCACCUGGGUGGUUU